ACUGAUAACUAGCUAACAGAGAAGCCUAUCGGUGACACACUUUUGUUUGAUUCAUUGGCCUAUUUUGUCACACAUUACUACUUUUAUUUUCCAUUUGAAGGGUCAAUGCGCCUCAAGAAUUUGACAAGUGACAACUUUUAUUGUUCAUACUAUUGGUCAUAUUACUCAUGAUCAUAUGUAUCUCAAUUCUCCAAUUUCUUAGUUUUUAUUUUUGUGGCCCGAUUGUUGUCAUGAUGUAGCUAAAUAUGCCUGGAGGAUGGAUCUAGCACCUUUGUUCCUCUAUCUGUGGCUGUCCUCUUUGAUGCUGUUUUCAUCUGGCACUGAUGCACAAUUACCUUGUACCUAUAACGUUAACGGCUGCUCCAUUCCUGGAAACCUGCCUUUUUUCUAUAGGAGUAUUUUCAGACCAGCAUGCACCCUGCAUGAUCAGUGCUACAGAUGUGGAUCCUAUCCACUCUACCUCGUCUCCCGAGAAAACUGUGACAUUAGGUUCCAUAAUAACAUGCUAGGAAUCUGUCUGGGACGAGGCUCAGUGGACAUGUCUAGUUGUUUGACCUUCGCCAGAAUUUACUACUUGGCUGCUAGAUUUGGAGGAACAUCACGUUAUAGAACAUUACCAGAUGCUCAUUGUGGACUGGUACCACACUGCAUGAUAUGAAGAAGACGGUGUAUUUAAACUGCUCGCAUAAUUGUUGUUUAUUCAACUCCUUUUAUUAUCGACAUGGAACUUUGCAUUUUACACAUGAAACUUUUUAUUAUGUUGUAUCAACACAUUUUAUUUUUUGAACGGUAUUUGUAAACGAUGUUUUCAAUAAGACAUAAAAGCUUUUCAAAUUACCCCUUUUAGAAGACAAUUAGAUUUAAAAUUGCUCAUAACCCCUUGGAGAAUAUAAUAUUUAACUAUUUCAAUAAAUAGGAUGUCUUUGAAAUUUGAUUGGUAUAGAUUGAUAAUGUACCGUCAUUUUCAAUAUUAGAGCUCGUUUGUGAAUAGGAAGAGACCACUAUUUACAAGAAACUGCAACUAAGACUUCAAAAUAUAGAUAAGUUCUACAGUUGAUGGUGCUGUAAUGAAAAUACAAGAAGUUAAGUCAAUAAGUCUGUGGGUACUUUGCAUUAUUUAUUUUAUUUGGGAAGUAACUUCCUUUUUCGAUUAAA